AUGGGGAAGACAAAAAAGAUCAAAAGAAAACCUUCGGGUUCCCAUUCACCGCCGCAAGGUUCCGUCUCUCCAGCGAUGAGCUCUCCGGUCUCGACGGAGGUUAGUCCUUCUUCGGUGCCCGCUUCAGAGUCUCAGUCAUCAAUUCCUAAGUGUAAUGCCUCAGAUCUGGUCCAGAAGACAGUCUCAGCCAUAAAAGUUGCCAAUUCCGCCGUAGCGACAGACCUAGGUUUGUGUAUUUCGGCCGGUUCAGAAGCUAAAUCGAAUACUAUAGAGAAUCUUUCGAAGAAUGCCUCAGCUCCAGUCAUCGAGACAAGCUCAGCCAUAGUUGAAUCUCUAGCACCUGGCUCGUCAGACCUAGGCGCAGGAAUAGUCGAACCCGAAAUAACUCCAUCAGUCUCCGAUCCGAUAGUUUCUCCCGUUGAAGCGAUUGUUUCUGUAUCUAACUCUGAGGCCGCGACGACUUCGACCCCAGCAGCUCCAACGAUUUCAACUCCUACCCCGAGCAAUGAGUGGGUUGGUCUCUUCAAAGGUUCUACCAGAAAGUUGUCUAAGAAAGGUGUCCCCUUUACUCUGCCGAACGGUGAAGUUUGUGUUAAAAUACCAAACUCUGUUAUUGAGAAGCAUCAGAAGUCAUGGGAGUCGUUCAUCAUUGGGCAAUUCUACGCCGAUCCUCCGCCGCAAGCUCUCGUCCACACGAUCGUGAAUGGGUUCUGGAGCCGGCAAUUCAAAGAUAUCUCGGUCUCAAGGCUGGAAGGAAAUGCGUACCUCUUCCGCAUUCCAAAUGUCCAGACUCGCCGUCGAGUGCUAAAUCAGAGACUGUGGAAAAUCGACGGACAAACCAUGUUUGUUGCUGACUGGGAACCAGGCAUGGCUCCGGUUACGCCAGAGCUAACCAUUGCUCCUAUUUGGUUAGAAUUGCGUAAUGUGCCGCUUCAAUUCUUCAAUGAGGAGGGACUUGAGCACAUUGCAGGUCUGGUUGGGCACCCUGAUUGUCUUCAUCCGGACACAAUAAACAAGUCAAACUUGGAGGUCGCAAAGGUCUUCACUUUCAUUGACCCGCGAAAGCCACUCCCGGAAGGUGUAAAUGUUCAGUUUCAAUCAGGUGAGAUAAGAAGGGUCUCAGUCUCUAGUCCAUGGAUGCCACCAAUCUGCUCUCACUGUAAGGAGGUUGGACACAGUCUAAAGCGAUGUAAGACCGCCCCCUCUACUUGCUCAAAUUGUAGCUCCACAGUUCAUCUUGUAGCUAGCUGCCCUAGAAUUAAAGGAAAUGGGACAAGGCUGCCACAAAAGGCGAGGAGUACAGCUGUGGCGGGAGUCCCAGAGAUUCGGAAUGAAGAGAUCCCUCCAAUUUCCAACCCUCUUCCCGCAACCAUUACUACUCCGAAAGGUUUUUCAUACGUUGCUAAAGGAGCAUCUGCUCCAUCCUCUUCAGCGAUCCCUCCCCAUCAUUCUGUGAUCGCUAGUGAAAAUGCGCGAAACAUUGUCACUUCUUCUAAGGGAAAAGCGAAAGAUUCCCCUGGCUCUGCAAAGUCAACUCCAAAGGUCUCUGAGGCAGAUUCAGACUCUUCUGAUAUCAGUUCUAGUGAGGAGGAGGACCCUGAUUCGCCCUUAGAAGAAGAACACGAGUACUUGGAAGUUGUCUCGAAGAAAAAUCGGAGGAACUCUCGAGGCUUUGGCCUCAAACUUCAUUAA